UUCUGGUGGGAGCACUGAGAGGAAUCGGUAAAGAAAACCAACGCAGAGAUAUUAAACAAUAAAGAACAUCAAAAGCCGAGACCUAAAGCAUCUUCGCUGCACACUCGUCUAGUAGCGACACCCUAGCCUGCCCGUCGUGCCCACGCCGCCGUUCCUCCAUUUUCACCACAACGACAGUCGACAGGAGGGGAGGAGAACCAAGGUUGUAGAAGCCAUGGCGAGAGUUGAAGCGGUGGUCGUCUGCCUCCUCAUCGUCGCCAUGGAUGUCGCCGCCGGCGUCCUUGGAAUUCACGCGGAGAAAGCUCAGAGCCAGGGGAGGCACCUGAAGAUACUUUUCAUCGAGUGCAGGCAGCCUGUCCCACAGGCUUACAAGCUCGGCAUCGCGGCGGCCGCGGUGCUGGCUGCGUCGCACGCCAUCGCCAAUAUCGUCGGCGGCUGCUCCUGCACGUGGCCCUGCUGCUCCGGCGGCCGGCGCUCGUCGCCCAACCGGCAGAUGGCGUCCUUCGCCCUGGUCCUCACAUGGAUGGUUCUGCUGGUGGGACUGGCGCUGCUGAUCCUCGGUGCGCUGCCGAACUCCAAGAAGGUAAUGGCGGAGUGCGGGGUGGUGCGGCACCGCUUCCUCUCCAUCGGCGGCAUCCUUUGUUUCGUGCACGCCGUCUUCUGCCUCGUGUACUACGUGUCCGCCAACGCCGCCGCGCGGGAGGAAGGCCGUGGGUCUGGGUCCAAGCCCGCCGGCGUGUAGUAUACCUGAUGGAUCUCUCCGACCAGUCGCCAUGCACCAUCAGACCGCGUGUUGCUGCCUAUGCCUUGUUCGGUAAAAUUUUCUCCGCUGCGAGAUAGGGUGUGAUUCUGUGUGCAUGUAAUUACGGAUGUUGUGGCAUCGUGUUGCCGAGCUGCGCAGUGAUACUCUUUCCAGUUUUGUCGUGUUCAAUAAAUGAAUCUUUCGGAUUGCUGGCUAGUUUCAGUAUUCCCAGGAUAUUGAAGGAUGUGCAGUCGUAAGAGGCC